GUGGCAUCUUUCCUGGGGGAGGACAAGAAUCCCAGCACCAUUCUUUCUCCCGACGAAGGUCUGAAUAGCACGGAGAGUGUUGCGAGUGCUUCUGUUUUGCCAACACGAGGAGAGUGCUCUGGCACCGCAAUAUCUGUAUUGUCUUGUAUGUCGACCCCGUCCAUUUCGGAUUCCGGUGUUGGUGCUCACACUUGUCCUCGCGACAACCCCAUUACGGCCUCUCUCGGUUGCGAGUGUCACGGCGCAUGGGCAUCCCCCUUGAGCUUGUUGGACACCACGGAAGGGAUCGCGCUCGACUUUCGACCGGCUACGCACUGGAAUAUAACCAAAGAUUGCACCACUCCCCCGAAUCUUCCCGUCUCCAGGCAGAAUAUGGCGGUAGGGACUGCCAUCACCCCGGUUUGCGUAGCCUCAGUAACCACCUGGACCUCCCCUCCUGCCCUCGUUGGGGUUGCGGUGAACACCUCCCCUGUGGAGAAGGCCGCCACCAAAGACAACGUGGCAGAGACCGACUCUCUUCUGUGGCGUUGCCCCCGGGACCAGUGGAGGGCCCUUUCGAGGUCGGAGCUGGAGGUCCGCCUGGAGAGCACCCUCAUCAUCCUGGAGGCUCUUUCGCACCAGAUCGGGGCCUUCCGGGACAGCCAGGCGUGCGGCGCAGCGCCCUCCAAACAGAGAGACGCCGGAAGCCAGACGCUCCUCUCUGACCCCACGGAGGAGGAGCGAGCCUAUCGCGAUGUGAACCAGGAGCUCCUGCGGCAGAACAAGGCCCUUCGGCGCAACUGGGAGAGCGAGCAGGAACUGUCCCAGAGGAUGGCCAGCGCCGUCGGCGAAAUGAAAGAGUGGAUGUCGAAUUCGGGGCAGCUGCUGGACACAGUGGAUGCCUCCUACUUACGUGUCCAGGAGGACCGGAAAUCUCUAGCGUUGCAGCAAAAGCAACUUGGCGAGCUCCUCCUGAAGUGCCGAGGCAAACUCCAAAGAAGUUCCCAAAAACAAGCCGAAAUGAAGUCGGAAAUGGAGAAAGCCCUGCAAAUCAAGGAAGCGGCAGAGCUGGCGCUGGAAGCGGUGAGGAGUCAUGCCGCAUUGCGGAUCGAGAGUUUGAUGCAGAAUUUUGAUACGCAGAAUCGCCUCCACUCGUUGCUGAAAGAAGCCAAUGAAUGCAAGGCUGGCCUUCUCCUGGAAAACAAAGAGAACAUGGAAGAAAUGGACCGCCGCACAACAACUCUGCGAGACAGCUGGAUACAGAUGCAGAAAGAUUACCGGACGCUCACAAACAUGGCCGCCCGCUGCCGUUCGGACAGGGAAAAAAUGGUUGCUGAAGUGACCGCCGCCCGGGAAGAGGUCGCUCGACACCGAGAAGUUUGCCAAAAGCUGGAGGAGAGGACAGCGGAGGUGGAGCAGGCACUGGGGUGCAUCAGUGAAUUGACGCAAGCCAACGCCGUCUUGGAAAGAGACCUGGCGUCGGCCCUGCAGCGGGCGAAUGUUGCUGAGCGCGAAAAAGAGGAGGCCUGUCAAGAGAAGGAAGGGCUUUCUGAGCAGUUGGCAGCGGAACAGGACGCCACCCGGGCACUGCGAGAGGAGGCAGCGCGGCUGACCCUCGAGAAGGAGGCCAUGCAAUGGGAACGCGAGAGCGCCAGCCGCGAGGCCCGCGAAUCCACCGAAUGCCGCGAGUUCAUCGAGGAGGAAAACGAGAUCAUGCGACGCCAUCAGGCAGAGACCGAGGCGGUGCUGAAAUCUGCCCUGGCCGCCCUGAGAGAGCAAGGGGCCCAGAUGGAGGACCUCAAGGGAGCCCACCAGACCCUCCAGGAUGAACAGGACGCCCUCCGGGCGGAGUUAGUCGCCUCCGAAGCCAAGGCCCGCAGCACCGGAGCCGUCUUGGAGGCCCUUUCCAAAUCUCUUUGGGACAUGAAAGGCGUCCAUUUGCAGAUGCUAGAAAUGGCCGACCUUGAAGAAACUUCUAUAAACCGUACCCCUGCGCCGCGCCAACACGGCUCCUCUUUCGUCGACAGCAUCUUGCAAGCCGCGGCGGGAAGAGAGUCCCGGACUCCGGGCCUUUUGAGCGAAUCAACAGCCUUCGCAAAAGCUAUUCCAGUGCGGUCAUCAGAGAUCCAGGAAGACUUUUCCUGCUGCGUUCGGGACCUCCGAGGAGCCGCAGCCCAGAUCCGCCAGCUGAUUUCCAGCCGCAACGAGGAAAUUCGGAACCUGAAGGCAGAAGUUUUGCAGCUGAAGCAAAGCUUGGAAGGCGCAGAGAAGAGGCUUCAGGAGGAAAAGGAAGCCGCUGACACCAAUGUAUCUAAGUUGAGCAAGGCGCUCCACCAGCACAUGGAGAAUGAAAAGGAGAUGCAGGCACUGAUGCGGAAGCAAGAGAAGAGGUUCCUGCAACUGAGCGACCAGAGCUGGGAAAUUGCGACUUUGCAGGAGGAAGUCUCCCAGCUGAAAGUCGCUCUCCAGAAAGCGGAGAGGGAGUCGGCCGCGCUGUGGGAGGAACUGGACCGGACGAAGAAGCCCUCGGAAGGGGACGCCUUGCGGGAAAAGAUCUGGCUGCGGGACGAAGUGGAGAAACUGAGGGAGAUCCUCCUGCGCAAGGACGGCGAGCAAAAGGAAAUCCUCGCCCGAAGCGCCUACCAGAUGCGGAGCCUCGAGGCCCAGCUUUUCCAAGCCAAAAAAAUGCAGAGGAAACACGAGCAGACCCAGGCCGAGAUCAAGGCGGCUCUGUCUGCUUCACCCCCCGAUGUUGGCCAGGCCUGCCGCCUCCUCGAACCUGACGCCUGAGACCCCUUUGGACCCUUUCACUGUCAACAUGUAUAUAGUUAAAUUAAACAGUUUGUGUUGUUGUGUCUUGCAAA